AUGAAAUAAGGUUAUUGGAUUUAAGGAUGGUGUGAUUUGGUAGCAAAUUUAAAAGUCACCUAAAAUUGUAUGGAGAUGAUAGAUGUCUAAGGAAAUGGCUAAUAUAAUUUGGUGGUUGCAGAUCAAAAUUAAAGACUUGUAUCAUAUAGGAAUACAAAUAUUGCAUGGGAAACUAGAUUAUCAGACAAACCUGUUUGUUUAACAUAUUUCUAUGGUGAUACAUCAGGUUAACCAUGUAUUAGUAUUUGUUGUGGAAAUACCAUAUAUAAUUACAAAAUUUUUAAGGCAUUUUACAAAUAGUCUAUUCCUAAUAUUCAAUUAAAACAAGAAGAAUCAGAUAUUUGGAAAUAAUAUUAAAGUGAUAGGAAUUUACAAACUCUUAUCAAAGACUUAAAGAAUUUACAAUAAUAAAAUUCAAAUUUAUCAUACAAGUCUUUAGAGUUAUUAUGUUAUUAUGAUUAAUCAAAACAAUAAGAAUUAGCAGAAAAAUAUUGCGAUUCUCUUUAUAUCGAAGAUUCAAUCACUUGUAUGAGUGUACUUAAAAAAAAUGCUGAUGAAGAUAAAUCAUAAGGAUAAUUAAUUGUAGGAACAGAAUUAUAAUUCAUAUACAUAUAUAAUUAAGAAAUUACAUAAAUUUAAAAAAAAGUAAAUAUAAUAUAAUUAAUAUUAUUUAGUAUGAAAUACCUGGAGUUCCUAUUUCAAUUUGUAUAUUUUCUGAAGAACAAAAGGAUGGUCGAAUAGCAAUAUUAGUUAGGGAAAAUUGUGUUUAUUUUAUUGGCAAUGAUAUUGAACCAUUUACAAUUGAUUUAUAAUCUAAACCAAUCUCAAUGAUUAGAUAAUAAAGAUGUUUAUACAUAGCAACUAUGGAUAGGGUUGUACAAAACUAUUAACAUAAAUAAAAAUAAUAUUAGUUGUAGAUGCAACAUAAUAUCUUAGCCAUAGAAACUGUCACUUCAGGCAAAGGAUAAGAAACUAAAGGAUUGCUGAUUGCUAUUGAAAAUAAAACUAUCUAAUUCUAUAAAGAUACUCAAUUAAUGUCUAUAAUUAAUUUAGAUGUAAGAAAUAUUUUAAUUAAUUUAGAACAAUGUUUCAGUAAUGAAAUUCGGUUUCUUUGGAGUUAGUUAAGAUGGAUUUCUUAUAACUAUCAAUUUAAAAGGCGCUCUUGAAACAAGAACUUUAUCUAGAGAAUUUGAAAGAAAGAAGUAAGCUAUUUUAGAAAAAGAAAUUGUAAAACCAAUUGAAUUUCCACCAAUCACUAAUUUAUUUAUUGAAUAAUUUUAAAGAGAGAGAGAAUAAGGACCUGAUAUGUUAAGAACUUAUUAAUUUGAUUUAUUGAGGAUGAGAUAUAAAACUGCAUCAACAUAUUUAAACAUAUUGUCUAAUUAAGAAUUAGCACCUCAAUUAAAUUAAAAUAAUCCAUUAAAAAUCUCUUCAAUUGUAGAAGGAUUAGGACCUAAAUUUAAGUUAUGCUGUGUUGUAGAAAACAUAAGUAAUCAACCCAUUAAGGAUGUUUACAUUAAUUAUGUAUACAAUUCAGAUAUUUAUUAACCAUUUUAAUUAAUCAAUUAAUUAUCAUAUUUGAUACCUAAAUACUAAAAAAGUUUUGAUUGUUAUUUCACAAAUAUUCAUUAAAAUGGUAUAAGUGAUACGAUUAAAAUUAUUUUGUAUAAAGAAUCAAAAUUACUUAUCUAAACUUCAAUUUAAAUGCCAAUGAGUGAAUUAGAAUGAAAC